AUGAUGAUUCGAAAUUGUCAUGUCUGUACCGCAGAUCUCGUGUCUGUACUGCAACCCCACUGCAUGUAUAGGCUUGACUUCACGUUCGCGCGCGCCAACGCUCCUUUCCCUCUCCCCACUCACUCGCACCACUCGCACCACUAGACUUGGCACGGCACUGAUCGCACCACACCACAGCUCGACGUCACAUGCUUUCACAUCGCUCACAUGCGCCAUUCAAUCAUCAAGAUGCAACUCGAUUUCUCUCAACUACAGCUCGACGUGUCACCUCAACCCGACUGA